AUGUACGCAUCUUGCACAGGCUUCCAUGGUUUCAACAACGAGGAAGUGGAGCUGGAAGCAACUGUCGAUAGCCAGAGGCUCAGGCUUGACCGCCAGACUGUUGAACUGAGGGACGCUCAGAGACUGGCAUCAACCACAGGAGGCGGCGCAGGCCUGUUCAUAGCAAACAGGACGUUUGACAGCGUGUGGAACUACGACGCAUGCAUCUACAAUUGCCUGGCACAGAAAAUUUUCAACCUUGAUGACCCAGCGAACAGUCUUGGGCAGCUGUCUAUCCACACUGAUACCAAGACUGUCGAUGCAAGCAUUGCCGGAUUUCCCACCAGUGCUGUCUACCUUGGAGACAAGUUUGGCUGCCAGCUGACCCCUGCUGAUAAGGCUCCAGUUGUGCCAAAGUACGUGGAUGACGGCGAACCAUACCAGGGCAAGCUGGACUGGCCUGUGCCCAAAAGUGGCCCUCAUGAUUGCGGCUUAUGGCUUAAGAAGGGCAUUCCUGACCUGCCCUGCCUGCCCAGCAUAUUCAAGUGGGGCUUCAAAGAGGAAGUCGACUACACUGGCCUCAACACCAACAUUGCCAGAUGGUUUGAAAACUCAGACUUGGUUGAAGGCGCCAAAACCCGUGCAAUCGUUGUCAUCUACAAAGGAAAGCUUGUUGCCGAGCGCUAUUCAGAUCUACAGGAGUAUGAUGCAUCGACUCGAUCCCUGAGCUGGAGCAUGGCCAAGAGUGUGACAAGCGCUUUGAUUGGAAUCAGAACCAGCGACAGUGAUUUCUCCUUGGAUCAGCUUGUCGAAAGCCCCAUCUGGACUCCAGCUGAAGUUGCCAGCCGUAAUAUCACAAUUGACAACCUGCUGAGGAUGACAUCUGGAAUACAAUUUGAUGAGGCAAACAGCAUCGGGCCGUUGACAGGAGCUCUGCUCUUUGAAGCGUAUGACAGUGCUGCUUUCGCGGCGUCAUUCCCUCAGGGCUCUGCACCGGAUCUCACCUGGAACUACUCCACUCCCAAUUAUAAUCUGGCGCAGUACAACCUGAGGCAAAUCUGCAGGAAGUCAUUCAGCAGCGACCCCGAAUACUGGAGCUACGCUCAGAACAAGCUGUUCAAGAAGAUCGGCGCCCGCUCGUUCGAAUUUGAGGCGGACCCUUCCGGGACCCUUCUGGGCGGGAGCCAUGUUUUUGCCACCGCCCGUGACUGGGCCCGCUUUGGCCAGCUGUACCUUCAGGAUGGAGUUUGGGAUGGAGAGAGAAUUUUGCCGAAAGGCUGGGUGAAGUACAGCACGACCCCGGGCCUGUAUGCUGGAUAUGGAGCAGGCCUGUGGCUUGGAUACCCUGGUGCACCAAAAGACACUUUCACGGUGAACGGAGUCCUUGGUCAACGUGUCAUUGUGACACCUUCUUCUGAUCUGGUCAUUGUCCAUUUGGGCCUCAACUUUGACAUCGGAUUUGAUGCGGCAUACGGUGAGGAGUUCUACACAGACAUUGCGAGCAACUUUCCCAAGUCAGACGUCCCCCUGACUUCCCCGGACAUGCUCAGCAUGACACUAUGA